AUGAUUCAAAGUUCACUUGCCUCAGACUAUUCAAAACAAUAUGCUGACUUUAUUGAGGCAUUUGAAAAGCUUUUCCAAAUCAAAUAUAACGAAUCUAUUGAAGAUAUUUGCAAUAUUAUUACCAACGUUUUGAUUACGAAGUAUAAACUUUCAAUCAAGCAACUUAAAAAGAUUAUUCUCAUGGCAUCUCAAUACAAUUAUUCUUCUAGAGAAAAUUACAUCAGAAUACUCGAGCAUAUUGGUGCUGACUUUUCUAAAAUUCAGGCAUCAAUAUUCCCGAUGGAGGAUUCAAUUGAAUUUAUAGUUAUGCAUGAUCAAAUUGAUAAGUUCAAGGAAUAUAUUACUCAAAAAAGAAUAGAACUUGAUCUAUGUUUUCUUAGAAUUCCUGAUAUUUCAAACACAUUUCAUUCUAUAAAGUUAUCAUUGAUUGAAGCAUGUGCCUAUUUUGGAUCUGUUAACAUUUUCCAUUUCUUACUUUCAAAUCAAAUAUGCGAAAAGACACAGAAUUGUCUUCACUGCUCAAUAAUUGGCAGAAACACAGAUAUUAUCAACGAAUGUUUGAAAGAUUAUGAAAUAAAUAUUGAUUGUCUCAAAUACAUUGUAAGCUCACAUAAUAAUGAAAUGCUUGAAUAUGUCAUUGAAAAUAAAGAUUUUGUAUUUGAAGAAUGGAUUCAAAAUAUCAAAACAUCCGAAUUGCAGCAGAAUUUAAAAGAAAAGAAAUAG